CUACAAAACAGAACAAACCGCCUUCGUAUCAACACAGACUUCAGUGUGAAACUUCUCCAGAGCGUCCUCCGGUUUACGUGUUCUCUAGAAAAGCUGAAAGACUCGCGCAGCCCAGCCAGGAGACGCCAAAUUGUCGAAGAAAUUAGACGACACUCGCAGACUCGACCUCUGAAGAAAAUGUCCUGUUGGUUAAGGAAAGAGACUCUGAUGUUGGCAGAAGACUACAUCGACUUCUGCAUCGGGAACCAGCAGAUGCCUCCCAGCAAGUCGGCCGAGGCCAUGCGCCGUGUGGCGAAGGAUCUGGAGCUCCAGUACAAGACCAAGUUCCUGUCUAUGUCGCGCACGUUCCUGGCGGCGUGCGGCUUGAAAUCGGACCGGAGCACCUGUCUGCGCAGCGUCAUGACCUUGCUGGUGGAGGACGGAAAGCUGAACUGGGGAAGAAUCGUCUCGCUGUUCGCUUUCACGGGCGUUGUCGCCACCGAGAUGUCCUCCCGAGGAGACGGAGUGGAGAACUGCAGGAAGCUCGCCGAGACCAUCGCUGAUUACCUGGUCAAAGAGAGGAGCGACUGGCUGCUGGAGAAUGGAGGCUGGGACGGUUUCUGCAGGUUCUUCAGCAGCACCGAUCAUGUCAGUUACGAUUCGUCCAUGAAGACGGCGCUGUUCGCGGCAGCGGGAGUCGGCUUGGCUGGACUGACCUUCCUCCUAGUGCGCUGAGCCACACGUCCCAGUGUCCUCCUCAUUCUCGCCGCCACUUUGUUUUAAACUCGGAGGGAAAAGCUUGAGUUCUCAGACGAACUAUUUCUUACACCUUCAUGCAUCUUAAUUAUGGUUUAGAGAUCAUUAAAAAUCACUCCUGAAAUUCACUCAGAACUGUUCAGAAAUGUGUUUUUGGGUUUUUUCUUCACGUGUCACUCUGGGAUGUUUUUAUUUUUAUAAAAUUUCUCCGGGGUGUGACGUGUUCCUCUCGGUUAGGUUGGAUAGCAUUUAAUAUUUUUUUAACUUGCGUUCAGAAAGUUUGGCGAGCAAAGCAGCUAACGCCCCAUCUUAUUUCUCUGAAAGCGCGUCCAUUCGUUUACAUAUCGUUUCGUGUCUUGUCUUUUUGUUUCCUGGGAGGCGACGUUUACGAGUCCCUCCUGCAGGAGCAGAAAUGUUAUUUCGGAAGGUGCUAGGUUGUUCUGUAAGCCUUUAUCAUGUGAUGUGGUUUUUUUUUUGGUUUUUUUUUUCUUUUUUUUCCCCAAUUUAAAACCAAUUUCACUUGUAAAUUUGUAUUUAUUUUACCAUCUGAAGAACAAAUUGUAACUAUUUAGGCAUUUUCCCGACCUUGACAAAAUUGUAUUUUUGCAUUAUUUUAUUUAUUUAACACUUUCUUAAUAAAAGUCAUUACCAUAAA